GAGUAUUUGAUAUACCCUUUGAAAACAAUUCCCCUGGGUAUCCGAAAAUCAAAGCAGAAAUUUGUUUAUUUAUUUAUUGCCCAGACGGAUGCGUGUAAACACUCGCUAUAUACGAUGAGAAUCGUUUCCAGCUGUCUGGGGCUUUUCAGCAUGGGGGAGGGGAGCAGUCUAUCAAAAUGAUGGAUGGAACGUUUUCAUUGAGCCAGUCCCCCAGGGAAGUUUGUUCGGUGCCGAUGGGUUUUCAAUUGCAUUAUAAUCUACCGGGUGGUGGCAACAAGUUAAAUUUGUACUUUUCCUCGUAGAAUGAAGAAUAAUGAGGAGUCCGCAAAUCGAGAUUGUUCCAACCAUAGCCUAAGUUGAUUAUGAUCGGGGGCAGGAGAUGCAGCGAGGCCGCCCGGCGGUUGCGAAGGCGUCCCGACACCCUAGAACUUUCAGUUCUGGGCGGCCAACCUAUGGAAACGGAACUCCAAGAAGAGAAUAUGACGAACCCAACAGGAGGACCUGGGGAUGCUGAUGAAUCCGGGAUAGCAGAUGUCGAAGCUUCGUGUUCGGCAAAUAGCAAGAGAACGCGAUGGUUUCAGUUCGCCAGAAGCUCCAAAAAUAGAAGAAAAAGAUUGCACUACGAUGACGAUGAGGAGGCCGAGGAGCAGGGCAGAAGGAACUCCGAUAAGGAGGGUAGUCGGAGGGCGUGUCUCGCCCAACCGGAGGGCAUGAAUAUUGGUAGCUCCACACAAACCAUUGCCACACCCCUGAUGGUAGAUGACAGCUUCUACAGCCUGGCCCAGGGAGCAACCAAUCCUUCGAUUAAUAGGUCCGAUGACCAGGAACUGUACAAGCAAAGGGAUCCAUCGGUGGCCUCCGAGACUAAGUCGGUUCCGAGUAUGCGACGUCUGUCCCAGAUGAGAAGGCGACGCAGCUCCUACUACUUUUCGGAAAACGAACGUAGAAUCCGCGCCAACGACAAAGACUUUAAUGCCCAGUUCAAAUAUCACAACAACUACAUCAAAACCUCAAAGUAUUCCCUAUUCACGUUCCUGCCUUUCAAUCUGCUGGAGCAGUUCCAACGGUUGGCCAACUUUUAUUUCCUCUGCUUGUUGGUCCUUCAGCUGAUUCCGGCGAUCUCCUCGCUCACGCCCGUAACCACAGCCAUUCCCCUGAUUGGAGUACUCACUUUGACUGCGGUUAAGGAUGCCUACGAUGAUAUACAACGCCAUCUGUCCGACUCGCAGGUGAACAAUCGCAAGUCGAAGACUCUUCGGAAUGGCAAGUUGGUGGAGGCCAAGUGGUCGGAGGUGCAGGUGGGCGAUGUCAUCCGACUGGACAACAAUCAGUUCGUGGCAGCCGACACCCUGCUGCUGUCCACAUCAGAGCCAAAUGGACUGUGCUUCAUCGAGACAGCAGAAUUGGAUGGGGAGACGAAUCUCAAGGCGAAGCAGUGCCUGACGGAGACCAUUGAGCUGGGUGAUCGUCAUGACUCGCUGUGGAACUUCAAUGGCGAGAUAAUCUGCGAGAGGCCAAACAAUCUGCUGAACAAGUUCGAUGGCACUUUGAUCUGGCGGAAUCAAAGGUUUGCUCUAGACAACGAGAAGAUCCUGUUGAGAGGAUGUGUUCUCCGGAAUACGCAAUGGUGUUAUGGUGUGGUGGUCUUCGCCGGAGUGGACACCAAGCUGAUGCAGAACUCCGGGAAGACGCAGUUCAAGAGCACUGGCGUGGAUCGUCUGCUCAACUUUAUAAUCAUUGGGAUUGUCCUCUUUUUGGUGUCGAUAUGUGCCCUCUUUGCGAUUGGCUGUGCCAUCUGGGAGGGCCUAAUUGGCCAGCAUUUCCAGCUGUAUCUGCCCUGGGAGCGCAUCAUACCCAAGGAUUACAUACCCACAGGGGCCACGGUCAUCGGAUUGCUGGUUUUCUUCUCGUAUGCCAUAGUCUUAAACACAGUUGUGCCAAUCUCACUCUACGUAUCAGUAGAGGUAAUACGCUUUGUACAGUCGUUCCUCAUCAACUGGGAUGAGGAGAUGUACUAUGCGACCACCAAUACCUAUGCCAAAGCCCGCACCACCACACUAAAUGAGGAGCUGGGCCAGAUCCAGUAUAUCUUUUCGGACAAGACGGGCACUCUCACCCAGAACAUCAUGACGUUCAACAAGUGCAGCAUCAAUGGACGAAGUUACGGCGAUGUGAUUGACCUGCGCACAGGCGAGCUCAUCGAGAUUACGGAGCAAACAAUUUUCCAAAAUAGCAACACCAACAACAAACCCAGCCCCGCAGGUGGAGCUGCGCCAGCACCACCUGCAGCAGCACCACCACCACCCCCCAUCAUUCUAGUGCACAAGGCUGAGGUCCAUGCCAAGAAGAGUUCUCUGAUGGUCACAUCCUCCGGGGAAGCACAAGUGGUCCAGGAAAGGCCGACUACCCUGAGAUUGGACCUGGAGCAUCCUGGUGCACCGCUGGACGGCAGUGAAAAAAGGCCAGGACUGAAGCAUGUGCGAUACUCGGCGCCCAGUAGAAGUCAGGAUGAUGAUACGGGUCGGUUGUCCCCUCGACUGGGCGGCAGUGGAGGUCUGAGUAUACCCGUUGGCAAUGAGGAACGAAGGAGCAGUGGCGGCUUUAGGAGGAGUGGUGCCGGAUAUAUGCAACGACAAUUGUCCCGCACAAGCAGUUGCGACAAAGUAAAGAUUUUGCAUGACACUGAACAGACAGAACAACACAAUAUGCACCAUCCAAAGCCUCAUAGCAAGCGAAUAGUUAAGAUCCGGUUCAAGAAAUCCACAUCAACAGUCACGCUGGGUGUUCCCUUCGGUCAGCUCGAGCCACACGAUGAAGGGCAGCCACAAAUCACAUCCACACUGCACCCAAACGAUUCGAGCACCACAAAGCACCGCCACAAGGCAUUUGCCACCAAUUGGAGUUCGUCGCCUCACAGAGUGCACGCCCUCCAAAGCGUCGACUUCUCGGCCAAUCCACAUCAUGAGAGCGAUUUCCGGUGGUAUGAUCGCACGUUACUAGAUGCUGUCCGCUCGGAUGAGGAGCACUCCCACGUGUUUUUCCGACUGCUCGCUCUUUGUCACACUGUCAUGGCCGAAACGGUGGAUGGGAAAUUGGAGUACCAGGCCCAAAGUCCCGACGAAGCUGCUCUCGUUUCGGCCGCACGCAAUUUUGGUUUUGUCUUUCGCACACGAACACCGAAUAGUAUUACCAUCGAGGUUAUGGGACAGACGGAGGAAUACGAACUCCUUAAUAUCCUCGACUUCAACAACGUCCGUAAAAGGAUGUCUGUAAUCCUCCGGCGCGGUGACUCCAUGGUGCUCUACUGCAAAGGAGCGGACAAUGUGAUAUACGAUCGUCUGCAUGGCGGACAGGAAGAUCUGAAAGCACGCACUCAAGACCACCUUAAUAAAUUUGCUGGCGAAGGCCUGCGUACCUUGGCAUUAGCCGAACGACGCUUAACUGAGCAGUACUACAAUGACUGGAGGAGUCGACAGCAGGAGGCUGCUCUUUCGAUGGAUUCUCGGGAGCAGAAGCUAAAUGCCAUCUACGAGGAGAUCGAAAGUGAAAUGCAGCUAGUUGGUGUGACGGCCAUAGAGGACAAACUGCAGGACGGUGUGCCCAAGUCUAUAGCUAAUCUGCAGAAUGCUGGCAUCAAGAUUUGGGUACUAACUGGGGACAAGCAGGAAACGGCAAUUAAUAUUGGUUACUCCUGUCAACUUCUCACUGAUGAGCUGGCGGAUGUCUUCAUAGUAGACGGCAACUCUGUAGAGGAGGUAGAAAAGCAGCUGAGGCAGUUCAAGGAAUCCAUCAAAAUCUACAAUAGGUUUCGACCAGGCGGAUUUGAUGCAUUUGACCGCUUUAACGGCGACAACAAUAUGGAUCCCUUGAGCAUGACCAUGACACAGACCUCAGCCUUCAUGCAGGAGACGAAUCUGCCGCCCACGCCGCCUCAACCGCCUGCCAUUUCGGUGGUUACCUUUAGGUGGGAUGACAAAAUUAAGGAUAAUAAGGGCGGACCGGACAGUGCUGAAUGCAAUGAUUUAUUCGGGGAUGAGAAGAGGAGCGAUGAUGGAGGCACUGCCUCCAUUGUGGUAGAUGAAAACACAGGCUUUGCCUUGGUGGUGAACGGACAUUCUCUGGUGCACUGUCUUUCGCCGGAAAUGGAAAACAAAUUCCUGGACAUCGCCUCGCAGUGCAAGGCGGUCAUCUGUUGCCGGGUAACGCCGCUUCAGAAGGCGCUGGUCGUCGAGCUAAUUAAGCGUGCCAAAAACGCCGUCACCCUGGCCAUUGGAGAUGGUGCCAACGAUGUGUCCAUGAUCAAGGCUGCCCACAUUGGCGUUGGUAUUUCGGGACAGGAAGGCCUUCAGGCUGUCCUGUCCAGUGACUAUUCCAUUGCCCAGUUCAGAUACCUCGAAAGAUUGCUUUUGGUCCAUGGUCGUUGGUCCUACUAUCGCAUGUGCAAGUUUCUAAGAUACUUUUUCUACAAGAACUUUGCAUUUACCCUUUGCCAUUGCUGGUACUCGCUCUUCUGCGGCUUCAGUGCUCAGACGGUGUUCGACCCAAUGUUCAUAUCGGUGUAUAAUCUGUUUUACACAUCCUUGCCCGUUCUGGCACUGGGCGUCUUCGAGCAGGAUGUCUCGGACAAGAAUAGCGUGGAGUUUCCACGCCUCUACACACCGGGUCUAAAGAGCGAGCUGUUCAACAUUCGUGAGUUCAUCUACAGUGUGCUGCACGGUGCCUUCACCUCGCUGGUCCUGUUCCUGAUUCCCUAUGGCGUCUACAAGGACGGCGUCUCGGCAAACGGAUUCAUUGUCAGCGAUCACAUGACCCUGGGCGCCGUUGUGGCCACCAUACUCAUCGUGGAUAAUACAGCACAGAUAUCUUUGUACACCUCCUACUGGACCGUUGUCAAUCAUGUGACCAUUUGGGGUAGCCUAAUUUGGUACUUUGUACUGGACUAUUUCUACAACUAUGUUAUUGGAGGCCCUUAUGUGGGCUCUUUGACCCAAGCUAUGAAAGACCUGACCUUCUGGGUAACCAUGUUGAUCACAGUGAUGGCGCUGGUGGCGCCUGUCUUGGCCUACAAGUUCUAUUUGCUGGAUGUGCAUCCCAGUCUUUCGGAUAAGAUUCGUCAAAAGUCCUUGAAUAAGAUUCAUUCGAGAGCCUCAAGUGAUGUCAGAAGAACGGCUUCAUCGCGCCGCGGACGUCGCUCCGUGCGAUCGGGAUAUGCCUUUGCCCAUCAGGAGGGCUUUGGUCGGCUCAUCACCUCAGGAAAGAUAAUGCACAAACUGCCGCAGGACUUUGCCUUCCCGCUGGGCUUGGGCACAAAGAAGGCACAGGUGCUUCACAACAACCUAAACUCGGCUGAUGGACCGGCCUCCAAGACCAACAAUGUCUCGGGCCAGCACAUGGUCAACAACAACACAAAUCUUCGACAGAAUCAGAACCAUUCGUCGAUGGCGGAUAUAACGGCUGAUGGGCGGGGAAAUGGGGCGGGGGAUGGCAGGGGUAGUGGUGGCACGGAUGAUAUGAGUCCGCGUGCCCCAUGUCAGGACCUCGAUACGAUUAAUCUUUAAGCUUUAGAUGCAGGUGCUGGAUCGGUAGCGGGUUCCGUAACAAACACCAAAAACCUUUAAAGAAUUUAAGUCAGCAAACAUAAGUAUACGUUUAAGUUUUAGUCAGAGAAGAGUUGUAGAAUUUAGUAGGAGCUUGAGUGGUUUGAAUCUGUGUGAAUGUAAGUCCAAAAAACUGAACAAGUAUUAUGAUGAAUGGAUGUAUAAUCUUCAUGUUUCUCCCUUUUAGUUGAGUAUUUUUAUGAUAGUUUUUAUAUUGAAGUAUUUUUUCCAGAAAUCUGCAAAUACCUUCAUCCAAAGAUAUAGACAUCCCAUUCUAACUUCAAUCAGAACUCAAUCAAUAAGUAAACUUUCGAAUAGAUACACAACUUUAACCAAAUCUUGUCCUUCCCUUGACAAUCCAACAAUAUAAUAGUCCUACUCCUGAUUGCCCUAAAACAGCACAAAAACCUCUCUCCUUUCACGUAUUUAUAUCAUCGUUGACUGCAUUUAAGAGAGUGACUACCCUGAGUGAUUGAAUGUGUGCUUGGUUUUUAAGAUAUAGUAUAGGUUACAUUAGAUUAAAACUGUCUUUGGGAAACUGAAAGUGUACUUAAAUGCUUAAUGAUGUGCUGUGUGCUUAGCCAAUAUAUAAUAUAAGCGGUGUUAAAUCACCGUUCAGAGUAGCUUAACUACAUAUAGCUGAAAGAAAUCUCCCCUUAAAGUCCAUUGCUAUAUAUAUUCUAUAUACUCCCCCGAAAAACAAAGACACAAAACACAAAAACACAUAGAAAAGUCCACACUUCUGUGUUCCUAACUAGAGUUGUAGAAUUAAAGCCUUACAAUAUAUGCCUUAGAGAGUCCCUAUGGUUAAGUCCUUUUAGCAGUAUCGGGUUUUCCAGCUUGGACUCCCAUUAUUUUUCUGUUGUUAGAGUUUGGGCAUUCGAAUAAGUGGGCUGUGGGUUGGAACAGUAGCAAAGGUCUAAAGUGAUUUAUUAUUAGAGUGCAGAAAAGUACUUAAACAUGGCUUUUUAUAAAUCAAGUGGGUUAUACUUCUAAAUAUAUUUAUAACAAAAUGUUUUGGGUACAUAUUUUUGCAUGACAAAAAUCUAAUCGAUGGGAAGAACUUAAAUUUAGUCUGCAAAUUGUUGCUAUACAAAAAGAAAAGUGAAAGUGAAAUGAUUAAACCAAAUAAAAAGAGAAUACAUUUUAUUUUUAUCUACAAUUUUAGCCAAGGAAACUAAAGUUUGCAUUAAGUAAAUUUUUAAAUGAUAAAAUAAAAGCGACAUAUUUUCAAAAAGCAA